UUUGAUAUUCUCAAUUUCGCUUUCGUGUGGUUCUGGUCGUGACUGAUUUUCGUGUCCGCUUGGCUGUUGUGAAAUUCACAAAAAGUCGCCCGUCAUCGUGCGGAUUUUUUGAUUUUCGAUCUGAAUUCAAGUUCUAAUUGUUUCUCUAAAGAGUUAAUAGAUUUGAAUAUAGUUUUUCGAAUACGAUUUGCGUGGAGACUACGCGAGUAGAUUUUUCGCACCAGUGAAAAGUUGGCUAGUGGAUUAUAAACGGCUUCUCGGGCGAGUUGUGCUAAGUGUUGACGAUUUUUCUACGUUUUUCGUGGACGAUCGAAACGUGUGAUAAAACAAAGAACCGAGACGAGCGGCUGUUGAAUUUUCUUUUACGGAGCAUUAGCAAAACAAAGAACGUUGGUCGGAUAGGGACGUUCGCAGGCGACGGGGUAGGCUUGGCUGAUGCUCCUUACGAUUUCUUGGAACGAGCGUCUAAACAAGGACAUCUGUUAUUUGUUUUUACUUGGCUGGUCCUGCGCGUGGAAUCGCGUAGGGAGUGCGAGCGUUUGGGCGUUCGGGUCGUUGUAAGAACUGUGUCUAGCUUCUGGGAUUGUGUUUGUGCUCGGGACUUGGACCAAAGGAUAAUUACCUCCCACUCACGGCUCACAUCGUUCAUCCCCCGCGGGGGUGAACCUAUGUAGAAGGUUCUAGCUAUUUCUACACGCUAAAUCUCGACAUUGGAUUGAGCUUCCAUGUCGACAAGUUAUACUAUUGCACCGUAUGAAAUAUGACUGAGAAUCGACUAUACGCAAUCGGUGGAUCGGAUUUCUGUGAUAGUUCUUCAAAUAGUAGCAAUUUAUUGAAAUUUGAAUUGUUUAGCAGUGGAAGCGAUUGUGGAGCAGUUGGUGUUGGUAUCGGAAGCGGUGAUAACAACAGCAUCAAUACCAUUCGCGAUUCCAACUCCAUUCAGCCGCAAUAUACCAUUUUGAAUAAUUUACGUGAAAGUCCAAUGCUUACAACAGCAUCAAUUUCUAUACCACAGCGAAAUAGCAGUGGUAUGAACUACCCUUCAUCUAAAAUGAUGGCAGACUUUUCGGAAUUUGGUUUGGAUGCUUUGGAAGUUUCAUCCCUCUCACCGAAUUUACUGCAAGAUGUCAAUUUGAAUAGUAUAAGCAGUAUUCAUAAUCAGUUUAAUGUAAGCGGUGUGAAUAGUUCCAAUAGCGGAAAUCCUAUGCAAUAUGAGAACCAAAACCAAACGAGCAAUUCCAGCGCUAUGUGGAAUGACAUUGGCAGCGCUAUGACAAUGAAAUCAGAACCGUUUCAUUUGGAUGAUGACUAUAUAUUUCAAAUUGAUAAGGCUGAUUUGAUUCAAGGGCCUACUCUGGCCGAAUUAAAUGAUGAGGCUCUACUGGAAGAUUUGAUCAUUGACGAUUUGAUACCCGUUGAACAAGGAUAUGCAGUGACCACUGCUGGUCAACUAAGUCAGAUUCACUUUUCUCCUGGGCAGCUAAAUAUGUCUGAAACUGCAUUACCUCCUCAGCAGCUACUACAACAUCAUCAUCACCACAAUUCCCCUCAACAACAGCGGCAAACCCAUACGCAGCUCUCUUUGCAAUUACAAAGCACAUCAGGUCGUGAGGGUCCUUACGACGAACAAAAUACUACGGGAUCAUCCAGUCCCUUCGACAUAUACCACACGACACCAACUAAAUCCUUAAAUUCGAGUGCAGCUUUUUCACCAGGAAGUCAAGCAAGCUCUAGCUCACCGUUACUAUUGAAUUCGGUUACCCCACCUCCACAUACCAGCCGCGGUCAGUAUCAUCACAGUCUACAAUCACAACAACACGGAAAAACACGUAGCCCAGCUUUGCAGGAAUUGCUAAAGAAAGAAUACUCGAUGUCACCGGAUCGUCAUAUUCUUGGUCAAUCCGUUCCAGAUCCGUCUACGCCUCGAAUGUACAUAGCUGGAGGAAGCGCCUUAAGCCCAGCAAGUAGUGGUUUCGGGAGUGGUGGUCGCCGAAGUAUAGCACAAUGUUCUAGCGGAGCGAGUGCUUCGCGACUGUCGUCAUCGGCUCCUACCCAUCUUGGACUUGAACAAAUUUGGCAAAGACGAGAACCACGGCAACAUCUUCUUUCGACAGGAUCUUUAGCUGAAGCAGAGUCGUUUUCGUCUAUAAGUACGGGAAGCGUACUUAGUCCAGAAGGAAAUGAUUUAUCACAUGACGAAGGUUAUUCAGAUUUUGAUAGUGAUCGAGACGAAGAUUAUUCAACGGAUAAUGAUUCGGAUAAUGAUGAUGGACCUCGUAUCGGUAGUCACGGGAGCGGAAAAGGUAAAGAACGAUACUUUUGGCAGUACAAUGUGCAGGCAAAAGGACCAAAGGGCCAGAGAUUAGUUAUAAAAUCAGAAUUAGAGGACCCCCAUGUACUAAACGAAGCAACUGAUCCAGUUUUCAGCCCAAACUGUUCUGUGCGCGGCAUCAAGCACAGCGGAAAAGCUCGAAAAGGCGAUGGCAACGAUUUAACUCCAAACCCAAAAAAGUUACAUAUAAUUGGGAAAGAAUUGGAUAAAUUAGGUCGCAUUAUCAACGAUAUGACCCCGGUAAGCGAACUUCCUUUCAACGUUAGACCGAAAUCGCGUAAAGAGAAAAAUAAGUUGGCUUCUAGAGCAUGUCGACUGAAGAAGAAAGCCCAACACGAAGCAAACAAAAUAAAGUUGUAUGGUCUGGAGGUAGAACAUAGGAAACUCUUAAAUGGCAUUCGAGAUGUGAAGCGAAUUCUUGCCAUCAAAUAUAAAAAUCCAAAUGAAAACAUUGAUGAACUGAAUCAACAAAUCGAAAGAAUUGCUAAGAACUCUACAAAACUGAAAAUUGCGGGAACUUCAACGGAGUUUGUGAAUAAAAUUCUGGACAAAGUCAAAAGCGGAGUUCCCAGGGGUGGAUUGGAAGACAUACAAAAUUCUUAAUGGCAGCAGUCGUAGUGUCCAGGAGCAAGGUGUACCACCUACUAAGCAUUUUAGGGAACUCUAUAUGUACACGUAUUCUAUUAUAUAUUGAGCAAGAGUAAAUUCUUAAAAUAUUCUAUGAUGGAUAAUGUAUCAUAAUGUAAAGGUAAUUCAUCGCCGCCUAAAAGAGCCAUCAGAAAGUUUUACAUAUUUUUUACUAUAUAGUAAACAUUCAUUAGUUUUUUUAUGAAUUGUUAGCUAGUGUAUGAGAGGCAUGUAGUUUGUAAGGGAACGUUACAAGAAAAGUUGUUUUUAAUAUUCGUUUUUUUAUUUGAGUACCAAAUAGUUAUUUUAAUAUACCUCUGGUUGGGUAUAUUUUUCUACGAAAAAGUGAUGGGAUAGGAUGCUUUUGAGUCUCGAGUUUCGUCAGUAAAUGUUAAAGUUAAAUGCGACGGGUUAAAAAAAGUUUGAACUCGGUCGAGUCCGAAGUAACUAACCAACAUUUUUUCCAAAUUUUCGAAACAGAAGGAAAAUAAAAUACUUCGAUAUUACACAAUGCACGCGUGUUUAUAUAUAGGUGUAAAUAUAUGUUAUUACGGAAUUAAUAAAGGAAGAUCUACAGAUGAAGAAUUAAAAAUUUCAAAAGUAUCUGACUUAAAAAUGAGAUAUUAUAUAAUACCGGCCGUUGGCGUCAUAAUAUCAGAAGAUACCAUUUAUAAUAUUGAACAUAAUAUAUAUCGUUUUAUUAAUUUUUUGUUAUUCGCCUACAAGACUUUUUACAAACUGUUGUUAUAAAGGAGUAAAUUAUAGAUGCCUUGCACGAAUAUUUUUUGAAUUAAUAAUUUACUGUAUUCUAAAAUAUAAUUAUCGUUGCUUGUCUAAAACUUAGGUAUUUGAAGAAUAUCUUGAGAUUCCAAAGAAUGUAAAUAAAAUAUUUUGAGUAAAUUAUGUUGCGAGUCACAGAAUUCAGGCAAAAUUAUUUGGGAAGUUUGUCAGAUUUUAUAUGAAGUGCUAUUUUUAGUUUGGGUAUUAGAUGCUUCUCGGAGAGGGGUGGGCGAUUCUUCCAUGUUGCGUAUUUUUAUUUUGUAUUUGUCGAAGCUUCAUUUUUGAAGUAUAAGUUGAAUUUGCUGCGACAUGUCGGCGCUUAGUCGUUAACGGUUUCAAAAUUUCAUGUUGGUGAAUUUAGUAAUUGUUUCCUUCCAUUUUUUUUAUUCAAAUAAAGUGCAUACUUUCCUUUGAUUUUCGACUUGACCGGAUGUCAUUUAAUUUUUUACUCUGUUAAAUUGAAAAGUACUUUGAGAAUUCCCUUGAAACGAAGAACAGUCAUGAAAUCAAUAAAAAUCUUAAUUUGUCGGAAUAAAAAAUAUACCAACUAAUCUUGUACUUUCUGAUGUAUUCUUGGUAACAUAGGAAUAGUUUUCUGCUAAAGUGAAGUCUUUGUUUAUUAUUUGCAAAAUCGAAUCAUUAGUUACUGGAAAUAAAAUCGCACGCGCAAGAUUGAAACUGAUAAUUUAAGAGAAACCUAGUAUGUAAGUUUAUUUUCUGCAUAAGGAGAUUAUUGAGGUGGCAUUCUUGUCUACUUUUAUGUUUUAGUUUUUUUCCACCUACUUGAGAAUUUCUAUAGAAUAUGUAUCUAAUUUGACUAUUAUUACGUUUCAUGAUGCUACAUAUUAUAUUUUGUUAAAUUGAGAACAUCUGUGAUUAAUGUCUAAUUAUUUCUUUUUUCCAAUAGGACAUAAAAGCUAAGAUGAAUUAUUACCUUUACAAUUAUCAAAAUGUAAGGAAAUAAAAUUGACCAUAAGAAACUGGAAUAA